AUGUCAUUCAGAAAUAAUAAUAUUAAAAUUAAUAAUUAUGAAGAAAAUCGUCGUCGACGCCAAAGACGACGAAUUACAAUGCAAAAGAAAGACUAUGAAGAGUUGGAAAGAAAAGAAACUGACUCUCAUAGAUCUUCUGGCUUCGAAACGAUCGGGGAUCGUGUUCGACAACGUAGAGAAGCCAGUGAAAAUCGUUUAAUUAACGAUUUUCUUCGAGAGAGGGAGACUGGACGUCUUGACUUAGAAAAAUAUCGUCAAAGACGUGAAGAAGCUAUUGCCUCUCUUGAAAGAAAAAGAAGAAAUACCCGCACUAUUGGAGAGUACGGAACUACUUCUAUUAUUGGUGGUACUGCUGAUAAUAGAGUAGUUAGCGGAGCUAGUGCUGGUACUACUUCUUUAAUAGAAGAUCCCCAAUUAGACCCCUCUUUUGUCCCUCCUCAAAAUGCCCCCUCUGACCCCUCUCAAGAAACCCCUUAUGCCCCACCUAUUAUAGCCCAACCAGCGGAUGAUACAUUAUCUGAUGCAGAGGUUCAAGCUAUUCUAGAGGAAAUACUCAAUGAAGAGGAAUAUGUUACAUUAGAUUUCCUCACUCUAGAUAGAAUAGAACCUACAGAAAAUGAAUUGCAUCUAAUCCGUCUGGCAAGAGAAAAUAAUACUGAUGAAGAAAUAGAAUUCAGUAUUAUUAGAAGAAGAGAUUUUGGGCUAGAAUAUACUGCGCAGGUAUGGGGUGGUAUGCUAGGGGAAACCUAUAGAAUAAGUCAAUUAAUUAAACAACAUGACUUAAUCCCCCUAGUUGAGUUUGUAUUUGGUGGUCGACAACGACGAUUUAUUAUUAAUUUAGAAAAUGUCGAACCACAAGAAUUCAUUAAUAGAUGUGUGGGGUUUAAUGUUGGUAUAGAAGAAUUUUGGAGGAGAUAUGAUGAUGAAGAAAGUGAAUUAAAUAUUCCACCAGGAAAAAUAGUAAAAGAAAUCAUCAUAUCAAUAGUAAACCUCCACAAAGAGAAAGAAUUGAAGGAGCAUUGUUUAAUUACUUCUUAA